AUGAUAAAGAUGGAUGAAAAUGCAGAAUAUAAAGAUUUUGAAGAGGCUAUAAGGGCUGUUAGGGAUAUUGAAAUUGAAACUAAUUCGCAGUUUGUAGUUGCUCGAAAAACCAAAUCCUUUAACACUAAUUAUUUUCCUGACGACCUUCAGAAGCAAAGAAUUUGGUUUUCUGGAAACAAUAACGUGGUUGGACCCGUGAUAGAAAACAUCCCCUUCGUUGUCAUUGGUUCCUGCGAUUUAGCAUGCAUUCAUGGCAAACCAAGGAAGAAAGAGAAAAAACAUCAAAAUGAAAAUCUUGAUCAUGAAUAUCAAAGGAAGAAGAAACAUUUUAAAAGAACGAAGAAACAAGGGUGCCCAUGUAAACUUGUUAUUCAAGAAGUAGUUAUAUUUAGAGGUUUUCAGGCACCCUUGUCAAGGAAAAUACGAACAAAUAUUUCGAAAACCAUAAAAGAUCCUAAAAAACCAAGAUCCACUGAGAGACUAUUUGUUCUUCACAAAAGGAAUGUUCAUGAAGACCAUCUCACUGGAAAAAUUGCUGGUGUUACUAGAAAUCUCUCCAAAGAGAUUUCUAAUAAAAUUCACGAAUUGGCGGAGGAGGGCGUCGUGAAAGUUGGAGAAGUCAAGAAAGAAUUAGAGAAGCAUGUUAAAACCCUCCCAUUGAAAAAAAGGCCAUCUUUUCUGAACAAGCAGUAUUUUCCGACUAACAAAACGGUUUCAAAUCAUAUACAGUUGGCACUUGCAAAGAACAGAUACUCCAAUGAAGAACAGGAAAAUGCUAGGAUGCAUCUAGAACAUCUCUCUAAAAAUGCGGAUAUCCAUGGAACUUUUAGCUAUUAUUUUAGAGCCCAUUGCGAAGAAAAAGAUGAAAAGUUUCUGAUUGUAAUACAGACAGAAUGGCAGAAAAAGAUACUAUCAACUUUUGGGGAAUGUUUUGUCAUCGAUAGUACUUUUAACACCUCGAAAUAUAAACUUCCUUUGUAUGAGCUUGUUGCUCAUACAAACGUUGGUUAUAUUCCCAUCGGCAUCAUUAUAACAGAAGAUGAAACCGAAAAAGACAUUUUCGAUGGCCUUACUAUUCUAAAGUCAUGGAACCCGCAGUGGAACCCGUCCUCUGUUGUUAGUGAUUGUGACAUCGCACAUAGCAAUGCCUUACAAAAAAUGUUUCCAGAUUGUUCUCAGUUUCUUUGCAAGUUUCACAUCACACAGGCUUGGAAGAGAUGGGUUUCAAGGAAAGAAAACAUGGUUGGGGAAGAAAAAGAUGAAACAUUACGACAUUUUCAGAGAAUAGCCGAUUCCCUCACAAUGGAUCAAUUCGAAGAAAACGUGACUGCUUUUAAGAACGCAACAAUAUUUCAGGAGAAUGAACAUCUGCAAAACUAUUUUAAUAACGUGUGGUUAAGUGUUGCCAAGAAAUGGGUUAGAGCAUUCAGACCUCUAAACGAAAACACCGUUGUAACAACCACAAAUGGAGUAGAGGUACACCACCGAAUUUUAAAGAACCUUUUGGAUGCUCAUAGUUGCAGAAGUAUUGAGAGUUUGGUGGAAGUUAUCAUAAAGAGAUAUUUCGAAGAAAUGCUUACAAAAUAUGUGUCGAAAAAUGUUCAGCCAUUAAAGUCAUCAAAAGCUUACAACGGAUCCAUACCAAUAUUCUUAAUCGAAAAAACGGCGCCAUUUAUGCAACAUUGCUUAAGUAGAUUGACAGAUGCAACAAUUAUAGAUUCAUCAAUGGUAGAAAAAAUAACGGAAACAAAAUAUAAAGUCUCGUCCCUUUCAACUCUCCAAGACUGUUACGCUGUUGAUUUGUCAAAGCCAGAUUGUGAGUGUGUGGACUUUCAGUUCCAUUUCCUACCAUGUAAACACAUAUUGGCCAUUUUGACCUUGGAGAAACCAGCGCUUGAAAUUUGUACCAAAUAUUUAGCGUCAAAGUUUUUUAACAGUGAUCGAAAUUUUUUGGAGUGGAUGAAUGAAGAAACAUCAGAAACCCAUGAUACUUAUGAUAAACCACAUUCAAGUCCAACUGCAGCUACAUCCAGCAACGGAAGUGUCGAAGAAUUCUUAACCGCAACAAGUGGCUCUAAACCAGUGAAUGUGUUCACUGCUAAUGCUGCUUUAAAUAGAUUAAGAAAUUUUAUAAAUAACUCCAACAAUGAACAGGCAAUCAGUGACUGCAUUGGGCACAUUAAUGACAUUCUGAGAAAGUUAAAAAAUGAAUAUGGAAUACCGAGUUCUUUCUCAAAAAGAAAAAGGGGAACACAGCGUUGUCCAAAACAGAAAGUACCAUUUUCAUUUUUGAAAAGAACUUUGAAAACAAGAAGACGGAUAAGAAAAAAAAGCCGAGUUGGUGAUAUCAAAGUAAAAGACCAAACAAAAUCUAAGAAGAGCAAUGCAACAGGAAACGUCACAGAGACGAUUUUGGAUCAUGACAACUUUCAGAUAAUUGUCGAUGAAGAUUCAAGUUACCCUGAUCAUGGAGACGAAAAACGAGAUAUGACAAAAUAUGAUACACAAUCAAAGACGAGCAUUGUUAACGAAGAUUUAAAACAACUGAAUGAUGCCUCACAAUCUCAAGAGAUUGUUGAUGAAAGCGAGUGUGGUCAACCAGUAGAUGAUGCUACACAAGAUGACAAGGACACAAGUAGUUGUUCGUCUUUUACGGAGGAGGAGCUUAACAUGUUUUUUGAGAAGGUGCCUUACAAUCCAUACUUUAAGAUACCAGUACCUGAUUACGCUGAAGUCAAUCCUUAUAAUCCAAAUCUAAUGCGAAUAAAACCAAGUGAAUGUCGAUUAAAUGACGAUGACAUUCCCGAUUCAAUAAAGAAUUACAAGCCAAAAAGGAAAAUCCGCGUGUCAUCUUUACAGCAUUCAAAAAGCUGUGAACAGACUAAAAUCAGUGAUGCAAAAGUAGAGAACUCAAAAGACAAACCUAAAAGCGAAUUGCCAACCGACGAUUACACAUCCUCCCGCAAAUUAACAGAGAUUGCUGAUGAAAACGAGAGUGCUCAACUAGUAGAUGAUGCUACACAAGAUGACAAGAACUCAAAAGACAAACCUAAAAGCGAAUUGCCAACCGACGAUUACACAUCCUCCCGCAAAUUAACAGAGAUUGUUGAUGAAAACGAGAGUGCUCAACCAGUAGAUGAUGCUACACAAGAUGACAAGAACUCAAAAGACAAACCUAAAAGCGAAUUGCCAACCGACGAUUGCACAUCCUCCCGCAAAUCAACAAAGAAUACAGAACAAAAAACAGGAGAUGAAGAUAAGCCCUGUCCAGAAAUUCGAAAAAGAAAAUAUAUCGUUGAACACAAGAAUCCCAUUAUUCCUGACAUUGAGGAAAUCUGGAAAAACCACAGAAGAUCAACUUCAUUAAUGGCCAUUGUUGGGCAAUAUAAGCUGUACGGAUAUUCGUUUGAUUCGCUUAGGAGUGGGAUGGAAGUCACUGAUGAGAUUAUUGAUGCAUACAUGCAGUCCCUUGUAGACGCCUCUAACAACUGUGUAUCAUUCAUAAGUUGUGUUGUUGCGGGAAGAUUAUUUCUACAACCGAACGAUUGCGCACUUAUGUCGAAAUUGUCUCUGAAUUGUUACGACAAAAUUAUUUGUCCAUACAACUGCAGUGGACAUUGGGAGCUUGUGGUAAUUUUUCCACACCAGAAAACUAUUAUGUACCUAGACCCAUUGGGUGAGAAUGAUAAAAAAAAGAAAAGCAUCCUUCAGUCAUGGAAAACAUUCAUAAACAGACGGUUUUCAGCCGGACUUGAAUCAUCUGGACCGAGUAAAUGGAAGAUUGAAACUGCCCCGCACUGCAAACAACUAGAUUCUGUUAGCUGUGGUGUUUAUGUUAUGAAAUUUGCAGAAUUAUUGCUACAAAGGAAGCCACUUUUCUUCAACUCUAGACAAAUGGGCACAAUCCGAUUAGAAAUUGCUGCGAUUAUACUAGGAAACUGUGGCAAUGUUUCCAACCUAUGUCGCUCAUGUGGUCAAAGUUACAAACUUUUUCAUAGAUGGAUACAAUGCAAUUCUUGCCAAUGGUGGCACCACUUUGAAUGUGCCGAUCUACCAACCACAUUUGACAACGCAAAGCGUAAUUCCUUUUACUUCCUUUGCAAAACAUGCCGUGGAGUAGAAUCACAACACCAUGCUUUCGGUUUCGUGGAAACAUCUCUCCCCGAUAUUAAAAGAAGAAAACCUGAGUUGCCUGAAGGUACAACCUCGCCCCUUUCAGAUCUUCAUGCCACACGGGAACCAUUUGUGUUGUGUAAGCUAUCAAAUCGUGUAAAGAUAUGCGCAGGAUGUCGAAACAAGUUUGAAAAGCCCUUGAAAUGUCCGAGAGAUGUAGCCAUCAGGCACAGAGAACUUGAGAAAUUUUUUGAUAAAAAAAAUAGACAAUUACGGGAAGUUUUUAACAACAAAUACUACCACGUGUCUGCCAAUUGCAUUCAGUCUAAAAAUCCACUUUUUUGUAAAUCAUCAAUAUGCAUUCCUCCACAACUCCACUUAACAAACGAGUAUCUGGAGUAUUUCAGAAAUCAUGGAGUUGAUUUGUCAUCUGUUCUAGUCAGGAAAAUUUAAGUUUUAUUGAGUACAUCAAAACUGGCACAAACAUGUAGAAUAAAAUACUAAGAGUCUGUCACAGGGUACCGCUUUCAUCACUUUUGAUUGGCUUACUAAAUAAAUACACAAACAUCGCAUGCAUUGACAUUGUAUAGUUUUCUUAUAAUGAAAAACAUGUUCCGUCUACCUAAUAAUACACAAGUUUAUUCGGAUCGAAGAGGGUAAAUAUUUAAAGUAUAUUCAGGUGCCUAUGUGGUAUAUAUGAUUAUCGUAAUUUUAUGCCAGAGUGGUGGAAGCAGAAUCGGUGGACAGAGUAUAAAGGUUUAUUGAUAUGUUGCAUAUUUUUAUGAAAUACGUCGAAUUUCAUUAUGAAGUUUGUGAAACUACCUCGAUCUUAGUAUUCUUAUGAUAUAUAAGGUUUUUUUCUUCAUAAUUAAACUUUGACAAUUGUU